CUUAUUAAAUAGGUAUAUAAAUGAGCUGCAUGCUUAGCAAAUUUGCGGUGUAUACCUCCGUUCUUUUCUUCAUGCUGCUACUUGCAUUGAAGUUAGAUGGAUUAAUAACACUGACAUUUUGGUCAGUUUUUUCGCCCCUGUUUAUCUGGAAAGUACUUGUAUUAUUUGGGGCAGUUGUAGGAACUGUCGUUUGGUGCAUGAGUCCUCAACUACGCGGAGGCGACAGUAGACUGGAAUUUCAAUCUAUGUGGCUCAGUUUGGUGCUCUGCUUACAACUCACGUUGUUUGAGAUUCUCUGUUGUGUGAAGCUGGAUACAAUUGACUCACACAGUGAAGACUCAUUCCACCUUAGCUGGUUCACUGUUUUUGCACCUCUCAUUUUCUCAACUCCAUACUCCUGUUUUUACUUCUGGUGGCUCUACAAGCGCGAUAGAUCUUUCAUACUGGAGCUUCUUCACGCCAGCAACCUCCUGUUCUUUCUAUUUGUCACGAUUAAGUUGGAUGGUAUGGUCAACUGGUCAUGGGCACUGGUGUUUGUUCCCGUAUGGCUGCUGGCCUGUGUAUUCUGCUUCGUGGUAAUUUACUGCACCUUUUGGAGUAUUUUGAUGCUACGCCAGAUGUCUAAUAACAGACAUGUGAUGUCAUCGGUACAGAGGAGCUACUACAUCCGCAUUAUUACCACCGGACUUGUCCUUUUAUGCCCACUUAUCACUUUCCUUGUUCUGCUAGUUCAUAAACUGGAAAGUGUUUGGAAUCUCAUGGAGUAUCAGGAGCGCCAGGUUAUCAUAGACAGCCAGCUGACUCCUGAUUCUGAGAUGGGAUCACAGUUUGAGCAGAGCAUGGGUCCUUUGAAUCCAGACAAGCCAGUUGUGCCUGUCAUUUGGACCAGAGAAGUCGGGGACAUGGAUUCUCUGCCAUGGGUUGUUACUAUGUCGCCGCUUUACAUCACGCUUUUGGGUCUGAUCGCAUCAACAAUUGGGACAAAAGGCGGCAAUAGAUGGUUCUUUGGACUGCAUACAGACUUCUUUUCCCUCCUGGUGAAUUUAUGCCCCUGUCUGAAAGAGUAUGCAAACAUAUCUUUCAAGCAAACGAACGAACAACCGGAUAACGACUCACGUGGACCAAUCAGCGAUGAUAACCAAAACGCGACAGCAGGCAGACAGGCGGAAAGUAGCUCCAGAAGCACUUCAAGUAGAUCGCAUGUGCAACUGGGUGGUCUACCAUUGAGAACUGAUACACCACUGGCUGUUGCAUCUACAAGUAGCAGAGGCAGUCCCAUGAGCAAUGAUGGCCAGCUAGUUAGACACACAUCUGCAUCAAGUGUCCGAUCCAAUCUGUUGUAUGGAUCGCAGAGCAGAGAUCUCGAAUCGAAUGAAGAAUAUGUAGAGCGAUGUGAAACGAAUCAGAUACCAAUGCAGGAUAAACGUGAGAUGACAGGGCAUGCUUUAUACUGCACACUUGCUGUAAGUGGAUGCUCAGAGGUGAAUGAACAAUACAGUCCCACUACCCCUUCCUCCUCCUCAUCAACCAACGGGGCACUCAACCCAUUAUACCAUCCUGGAAUAGAAGACCAUUCGAAUCCAGGGGUGAACCCCAACGCAGUAUCAUCACAUCCAGAUCAAACCCAGCCGAACUUGUCACUCCAUCUAAAAAUUCUCGCCUUGCCAGGACAUUUGAGUAAAAUUAGUCGCGCUCCUUUUAGAAAAGUGAACAGAAAUGCAUUCACGCAGAGUGCAUGCAAAGAUGAACAGAAUUCCUUGCAUUUGAACAUUCAGACUACGGAGUUGUCUUGGAAAGGGAGAGGAAAGCAGGUGUUAAUUGCUGUACCGGACUGAACAAAACGCAAAGUUAAUUUUACACUGCAUCAACUUUAACUGUUUUUCAUUUUUCCUUGGCAUUAUGCAAGAAACCUGCUUAUUUUUAUGCAAGUUUUUUUUUUUGGUUAACUUGUAUGAAAUUCAAAAUCGAAAACUUUUAAAUUGGAUUAAAAUUGAAAUUGGUUUCAAUAAUAAUAGUUGAUAGCGUAAUGCCGUUGAU